CAUAUUACUCGGAUUAUGAUUACAGCUGUAAUUUACGACGGUCCGUGAAGUUAGCACCGGUCAUCGCACAGACUCUGCGCAUGCGCAUUCAGUCAGCAACAGAUUCAAGCGGGGGAGUUUAUUCGGUUUACCGUAAAGUAUUAGAAAUAAACCGUUAAAUAGGACCGUUUUUAGGGUCUUUAUAUGAACAGUCUGAUGGUCUGACACGGGACAGGUCCGGUGAGUCUCCGGGGAGCUCGGUUAGUCCUGAGAGAGUGUUAACUGUUGUCACAGUAAGUUAGCUGCUAGCUGCUAACACAAACACUGCGGUCAGGGGCUCACUGUUACCUGUGUCUUUAUACCUUCAGCUCCACCUGCGACAAGCAGAGCUCAGACUGAGGAAGAGGAGGAGGAAGAUGUCGCUGGUGUCAGAUCUGGAGGGUCUCUCUCUCUCUCUGGACGACUGUCGCUGCCCCGUCUGUCUGGAGAUCUUCAUGGAGCCGGUGACCCUGCCCUGCUCACACACCUUCUGCAAGGUGUGCUUCCUGGAGUCCGUGGAUAAGGCCACGCUCUGCUGUCCUCUCUGCAGGAAGAGAAUCUCCUCGUGGGCGCGGCUGCACAGCAGGAAGAACUCCAUGGUGGAUCAGAAGCUGUGGAGCAGGAUCCAGAGCAGCUUCCCCCUUCAGUGUGAGAGACGAAUCAGAGGAGAGGAGGAGGAGCCGGGAGUGUUUUUUCCCAGAGUGUGUCUGCCUGGAGAGCUGAAGCAGGAGUACGAGGAUCAGGUCUCCAGA